CGUAAAAGAAAAAUGUGAUCCGUAAAGGCGCAGACGAAAAGAGUAUAUAAAAUGGGCUGCGUCAAGCACGGUCUGACUUUGAUAGGUAACACGGCUGGUUCAUAUUGGGCUAGAUACGACACAAAAUUUUCUGGACUCAGGCUUAAAUACUCCCUCCGUCCAAUUGAGAGGUUGUUAUUUUUUAUUUUCGUUCGUCCCAAAAUAAGGUUAUAAUUUUCUAAUUUAGUAAUGGUACUACCUACCUAACAUAAUAAAUACUAUUUCAACUUACAAUAUAUUACAUAAGUGCUAUUACUUUUAUAUUAAACUAUACUAAUCAGGUAUUUUUGUCAUUUUUACUGUAAUAUAAUAUAAUACUAAUAUUAAAAAAUUUAAGUGAAAAAACAAACGCUAUCCUUACAAUGAGAUUGAGGGAGUAUAAUUUUUUAUCAAAUUUUCGGAUCGUGUCUAUUUUUGAAAUAAUAAAAAAAAAUCACGCGUAGCCUUUGCCCUCCACUUGCUGGGGCCCAUCCGUCCGUUAGCCGUUGUUUGUUACUUUAUUCAGCUGUAGCUGUAGUGGUGGUGUUUUCGUAACGGUAGAAAAACUUGCUACCAAACACGCCCUUACCCUAAUCACCCAAUCUGACUCUGACUCUUAGCCUAAUAAAGCCUUCCAACCCUUUUCUCAUUCCAACCCUUACCUUCCCAUUAAUUUAUUUCUAAAAGAUACUAGUACUACUAUAUAUUUGUAUUGUUUUAUUUUAUUUUAUUUUUAUAAUAUAAAAUUGUAUUUUAAUCUAAAGAUAAUAGUUAAAAUAUGAAAAAUGAGCGAGGGCAUAAUCGGGACAUCACUCAUAAUAUAGUCAGUUGCGCUGUGACACGUCAGCAAAGUAACCGGCUACUGGGGGUAACGGUAUCCAAACAGUCCCCCAAAUAUUUAAACGGUUGGUUGUCAACUCCGUUCUGCUAUUUUCCCUCUCCUGAAUUCUUCUCUGCAGAAUUUUGCUUCUAAUAUUAUUACCCUAAAGCUUCUCUAAUUUUACAACGCGAAAUGCCGGCGGCGAUGACGGCGGAGGAAGCGGGCGGACGCUGUUUGGUUCUCGGUUCGGCAGGAAACCGUGUUCGGGUUACGGAAGAGCGGAGGCGGAAGAAGGAGAUGGCGAAGAAAGGAAUUUCUCAGUCACAGGAGAAACCAGUCGCCGCGGCGGAAGCUGUUCUUCGGUCUAAUGGUUCGGCGAAUAGCUCUUUAGAGUCUUCUUCUUCGUCUUCCGGUGGCUUGAAUGUGAAAUCUGGUCCGAGGAGUGUAAUAUAUAGUAAUAAUAAUGGCGUUGUUAAAGCUGAGAGUGUUAUGCGAGAUGAAUCUCUGGCGAUCUCUCCGGCGGUUCCGCUUUCGUUUAAGCGUUGCGAUUGGAUCACGCCAAAUUCCGAACCACUUUAUACUUAUUUCCAUGAUAAGGAAUGGGGAGUCCCUGUUCAUGACGACUCCAAACUCUUCGAGUUGCUGGUUUUAUCACAGGCAUUGGCAGAACACUCGUGGCGGGUGAUCCUAAGCAAGAGAGCAGUAUUUAGAAAGCUCUUUGAGGACUUCAUUCCAACAUCAGUAGCAAAUCUUGAUGUGGGUAGACUGCUGUCAACACGAGUCCCCGGCGGCAUGUUGCUGUCUGAACCUAAGGUUCGUGCAGUUGUCGAGAAUGCAAAACAAGUGCUCAAGAUUCAGCAAGAGCUGGGAUCAUUCAGCAACUACUGCUGGCAGUUUGGGAGCCAUAAAGCGACGAAAAGAGGGUUCCGGAACGGGCGGCAAGUGCCGGUGAAAAGUCCAAAAUCAGAACAAAUGAGCAAGGAUCUGAUGAAGAGAGGGUUGGGGUGCGUGGGGGCCACGGUUGUGUAUUCAUUCAUGCAGGUAGCAGGUUUGGUUAACGAUCAUCUGGUCACAUGCUUCAGAUACACCCAAUUAUGCAACAAACCUCAUCAUCAUCAGGACAACACAUCUUCGGACACAAGACAAGACCACCACACCAAUGUCGUCAUGUCUGAAUUAUAAUAUAACCCUGCAGAGUCAAUACUAAGAUACACCAGGUGCACUUCUCCUCUCUCUCUCUCUCUCACUAAUUGCUAAAAUUUAACUGUUUUUUCAUGUGUGUGUGUAACUAGUAAGUAGUAUUUGAUAUUAUUGGACUAUUUGUUUUCUUCAUCUGUUAUUACUACGUUAAUAUUUGUGACCAUAGAUUAUAUUAUAUAUAUGUGUGUAUGUUAUGAUUGUUUAGAUGUUUUAUUUUCGCUGUCUA